AUGGUCAAGCCUGUGCGCCAGCAACGGGACCUGGCAAACGAUGUCUCGAGUGACUGUUCUGGUGCAAGUUCGGCACCUUUAAGGUCUGAAAACUUUGAUUACUAUAUUCGCCUGGGCGAGAAUAACUUUGGUUCUGUCAUCAACGAUGCUACAAGAAGUCUACCAGGAACGUCUGGCUCAAACGUUGUGGGAGUUGAUCAGAUUCGCCGAGCUAUCGAAUAUCGGACUGUUGGAUCCAUAGGCGGAGCCCUCGGAGCUUUCAACAUGGAGACUUGGAUUGCAGUCUUGCAACUUUGGGACGAAGAAGUCGGCCUUCAGUACCCUCUACUCAACCAGUACUAUCGUGUAUCAAGGACGCAAGCGCAGUUGAGGUGGCUGAUCCUACGAUUCAAGAACUUUAUGGAACUGUUUUAG